CCUGGAUAAGACAUGGCUGCAGAGGGAGAGGAGAGAAAUGCACGAGCAGCAGCCGUGAGCCCUGCGGAUCACCAUGGAGGGAACCAGACAGGCAAGAAUUUCUCGUCCUCACAAGAUAAGUGAAACUUCAAAGGUGUACCAAUGGGCUGACCACUCCAACCUAGUUCUUCGGAGCCUGAAUGAACAGAGGAACCAGGGCCUCUUUUGUGACAUCAUCCUAGUAGCAGAGGAGCAAAGAGUUCCAGCCCAUCGGAACGUUCUAGCUGUCUGCAGCGACUACUUCAACUCCAUGUUCACUAUUGGCAUGCGGGAGGCCUAUCAGAAGGAAGUCGAGCUCUUCGGGGCCUCAUACAUUGGCCUCAAAGCCAUCAUUGACUUCCUGUAUGGCUGUGAGCUAUCCUUGGAUGGUGGGAAUAUUGACUACGUUUUGGAAACGGCUCACCUACUGCAGAUCUGGAAGGUGGUCGACUUCUGUUGCGAAUACUUGGAGAACGAGGUCAAUGAGGAGAAUUACCUGUACCUUCAAGAGCUGGCCUCCAUCUACAGUCUCAGGCGCUUGGACUCUUACAUCGACACUUUCAUCUUGCGAAACUUUGGUACACUCUCCUUCACCUCGGAUUUCCUGCAGAAUGUUUCUAUCCAGAAACUGUGCCAGUACCUUGGUAGCAACGAUGUCCAACAGGAAUGCGAGCACGAUUUGCUGCAGGCUGCACUGCUGUGGGUGACGCAGUAUCCCGAAAGGGAAACAGAGGCCUACCGGGUCUUAGAAAACAUUCACUUCCCCUUGAUCCCAAGAAGUGACCUUCUACACAGAGUGAAACCGGCAGUCUGCUCUCUCAUCCCCAAAGAAACCAACUGCGAGACUUUUGUCGAAGAAGCCGUCAACUAUCACAACAAUAUCACAGCUCAGCCGCUCCUGCAGAACCAGAGAACCGUUCUUCGUGCAAGUGAAGAGAAGCUUCUUUUCGUAGGUGGGGAGGUGUCAGAACAUUGCCUGGAGUUGAGCGAUGACACCUGCUUUCUAGACACCAAAAGGGGACAGUGGGUGCGGGAAACGCACCUCCCGGCGAGGCGGAGUCACCACUGUGCUGUAGUGCUUGGAGGAUUCAUCUUUGUCGCGGGAGGCAGCUUUUCUCGAGACAAUGGUGGCGAUGCGGCUUCCAAUCUUCUAUAUAGGUAUGACCCUCGGUGUAACCAAUGGAUAAAGCUGGCUUCCAUGAGACAAUGUCGAGUGGACUUCUAUCUGGCAGCCAUAAAAGAUAUGCUUGUGGCUAUUGGUGGAAGGAAUGAAAAUGGAGCACUUUCAUCUGUGGAGAUCUACAGCCCUGAGAAAGAUGAUUGGGUAUAUGUCGCAGGCUUGCCAAGGCUUACCUACGGUCAUGCUGGAGCGGUCCACAAUAAACUUGUUUACAUCUCAGGAGGCCAUGAUUAUCAAGUUGGUCCCUACCGCAAAAACCUCCUCUGCUACGACUAUCACACAGAUGUAUGGGAAGAGAAGAGGCCCAUGAUCACUGCCAGGGGCUGGCACAGCAUGUGUACUUUGGAGGAAAACAUUUACUCCAUCGGUGGCAGCGACGACUACCUAGAAACCAUGACCCGCUUUGACAUCUUGGCCGUGGAGUCUUACAGCCCGCAAUGUAAUCAGUGGACCCGGGUGUCUUCCUUGUUGGAAGCCAACAGUGAAUCUGGAGUAGCUGUUUGGGAAGGCAAGAUCUAUAUCCUUGGGGGAUACAGUUGGGAAGACACCGUCUUCUCCAGAACAGUCCAGGUGUACGACAGAGAGAAAAAUAAGUGGCAGAAAGGGACAGAUCUUCCAAAAGCGAUUGCCGGGGUUUCUGCUUGCGUCUGUGUGCUAAAAUCAAGGUCGGAUGACAAAAAGAAAAAAGCGAAAAGCAAACGUCAUCAGGAUCAAGGGAGAUGAUCGCUCACCCUUGGAGGAAGAAUAUGUACAAAUCCUCUAUUGAAUUAUCUCCCCCCACCCACAACUUUUGAGAACAACAUCGGGGAACUAUAGGAGAGGCAUAACAACGGUUUCUUCUUCCAUCAGGCUGACGACUAUUCUAUGACAACUGUUAAUGUAGUCCAAAUGAGGAGGAGAGUUGGAUUAUACUACCCAAACGGCUGUUGAAAAUGGUGGUGGGUAAAGAACGGAAGGAGAACCUCUGCCUGAAGACACAGGCAGAAGGUGGGAGGCCAGAGAGAAUCCGGUUAGACUUAAAACCAGAAAUGGAUGGACUCUGCUGUAGCAGAUGACAGACCAGUCCAUCUUAUGGGCCCGAUGCAGCCAUGAGAUGGAAGGAUGUCUUAAGCGGAAGACAACGCCUUCAGCCAGAAAGGGAGUGGCAUGUGGGAAAAUUACUAGUGUUAAAAUCACAGGUGCAUUGGGUAUCAAAAGGUGGACGGGAGGCUGAGCAAACUGCUCUGGGGCAAUUGGGUUUGUGAAUUUGCCGCUUCACUAGCUAGGCCAAAAGUUACCAGAAUCAAGGAGGUGCAGCUUAUGCCCCUGUGGUACUGGAUCCCUUGUCUCGGCCCUUCUGUGUCUAUGGGUAAUACAUUCACUUUAGAUGGAUAUACUACUUUUUCAUUUGACAAAUCGCAACGUUCAGAUGGAAUCUAAACGAUAAGGAUGGGGAAGAGUGACGCUGCCAGUCCAGACAAAGCCAAGUGUUGUUUUAUUUUAAAGACUUUUUGUGGGAAUUUUUUGUACUUUUUUUUACUAGACAUUUUUUUUUGGCUAACACUUAAGACUGUAACCUGUUGUUUUAUGUGUUAUUUACAAUUAAACUUCUACUGCAUAAUUACAGCCAAACGCUGAUUGCCUGGAAGCUUGUGAUUUACAGUGCCAUCCUAAACAGGGUUUCUGCCCUUCUAAGCUCAUUGAUUUCAAAAGACUCUGAAGGGUGCAACUUUGCUUAAGAUGACACUGUUGGAGGCUUUCCUGGCCUGUCUGUAUAGCUUUAUGGUGCUCUCUAGCAGCUUUGAAACGAGUGGUAAUGUGUAUCUUGGCAAUGGUGAGCAGCUGGAAGCAAUGGAAGUUCUAGCCAAGGGCCUCCUUGCCAAGCCUACAAACAGGUAAGCCUGCAAAUAAAGA